AGAGAGAGAAACGAGAGCAGAGCGAGGUGUAGGGAAACCGAGGGGGAGAGAACCCGAGUGUGUGUGUGCGCGUGUGCGUGUGUGAGCGCGAGCGAGCGAGCGAGGGAGAAGAGCGAGAGAGUGCGAGCGAGAAAGAAUAAAAGGAAAGAUUUUUCUCUAUGUAUAUAAAGAUGGCCACGUUAGCAAACGGACAGGCUGACAACGCGAGCCUCAGUACCAACGGGCUCGGCAGCAGCCCGGGCAGCGCCGGGCACAUGAACGGAUUAAGCCACAGCCCGGGGAACCCGUCGACCAUUCCCAUGAAGGACCACGAUGCCAUCAAGCUGUUCAUUGGGCAGAUCCCCCGAAACCUGGAUGAGAAGGACCUCAAGCCCCUCUUCGAGGAGUUCGGCAAGAUCUACGAGCUCACGGUUCUGAAGGACAGGUUCACAGGCAUGCACAAAGGCUGCGCUUUCCUCACCUACUGCGAGCGUGAGUCAGCGCUGAAGGCCCAGAGCGCGCUGCACGAGCAGAAGACCCUGCCCGGGAUGAACCGGCCGAUCCAGGUGAAGCCUGCCGACAGCGAGAGCCGAGGAGGUAGUAGCUGUCUGCGCCAGCCCCCUUCACAAGAUAGAAAACUCUUCGUGGGCAUGCUCAAUAAGCAGCAGUCCGAGGACGACGUGCGCCGCCUCUUCGAGGCCUUCGGGAACAUCGAGGAGUGCACCAUCCUGCGCGGGCCGGACGGCAACAGCAAGGGGUGCGCCUUUGUGAAGUACUCCUCCCACGCCGAGGCGCAAGCCGCCAUCAACGCUCUACACGGCAGCCAGACCAUGCCUGGAGCCUCCUCCAGCCUGGUGGUCAAGUUUGCAGACACUGACAAGGAGCGCACGAUGCGGCGGAUGCAGCAGAUGGCUGGCCAGAUGGGCAUGUUCAACCCCAUGGCCAUCCCCUUCGGGGCCUAUGGCGCCUAUGCUCAGGCACUGAUGCAGCAGCAAGCGGCCCUCAUGGCUUCGGUCGCACAGGGAGGCUACCUGAAUCCCAUGGCUGCCUUUGCUGCCGCCCAGAUGCAGCAGAUGGCAGCCCUCAACAUGAAUGGCCUGGCCGCACCCAUGACUCCAACCUCAGGUGGCAGCACCCCUCCAGGCAUCACUGCACCAGCCGUGCCUAGCAUCCCGUCUCCCAUUGGAGUAAACGGCUUCACCGGCCUCCCCCCACAGGCCAAUGGACAACCUGCUGCAGAAGCUGUGUUUGCCAAUGGCAUCCACCCCUACCCAGCACAGAGCCCCACCGCGGCAGAUCCCCUGCAGCAGGCCUACGCGGGAGUGCAGCAGUAUGCAGGACCAGCUGCCUACCCCGCUGCGUAUGGACAGAUAAGCCAGGCCUUUCCUCAGCCACCGCCAAUGAUUCCCCAGCAACAGAGAGAAGGGCCCGAGGGCUGUAACCUGUUCAUCUACCAUCUGCCCCAGGAGUUUGGGGACGCUGAGCUGAUGCAGAUGUUCCUCCCUUUCGGCCGGCACCCCGUGCCCUCCCGCUGCCAGGCCCCCUCCUGUCAGGGAGGACAGUGUGCAAUAAGCUCCUCCGCCCGCAGGCUUCGUGAGCUUCGACAACCCGGCCAGCGCGCAGACCGCCAUCCAGGCCAUGAACGGCUUCCAGAUCGGCAUGAAGAGGCUCAAGGUGCAGCUGAAGCGGCCCAAAGACGCCAAUCGCCCGUAUUGAGCGCCGGCGGGAGCGUCUCCCGGGGGAGACCAGGACUCGCGCAGGGCAGGAUGCUGAACGGGCUACAUUAAAAAACAAACCUCUCUCUCUAUUUAUAAAUGAGAACUGUUGGAUGACACCUUUGACAUAUCAGCCAAUACCAAUCAAGCUGAAGACUCCAGACACUCUGUGUGACUGACUGAAACAUUUCUUCAAGGAAAGUAUAGCGUCUAUGGAGUUCAGAGGGCACGUGUUUGGGGGAAAAUUAUACACGUGGAGUUCAGAGGGCACGUGUUUGGGGGAAAAUUAUACAUGACAUAAAGAAGAUGACGACGAUGAAGAAAAAUGAGAAAAAAAAAAAGGCAACUUUACAAAAUAACAUGAGCCCAGAUGGGGAAGCUGAAGGGCUGGGCACUGGGAGGAGACGGAGACGCUGCUGCUGCUGACCGAUCCUGGGGCUUAUCCAGCCCGUGGGCGCCUGAGGCAGGCGAGGGCAAGUGUGCGGUGGGGCCUGGUCCCCAGCAGGCAGCUGGGAGGCUGCCACUGAGCAUCUCUAUCUGUCAUUCCUUUAGCUAUUUAGGGACCAAAGGACCAAACUUUUUAUUGCAGAUGUGUAGCUCUGUCUAUUAGAGGCGGAAUGGAGACCGACCUCCUUCCUGCCUCCUGGCUGUUCUUGAAACAGCUUAGAGCGAUUCUAUGAAAAAUGUAAUAAAAAAAUUUAAAAAAAAUUAAAAAAAACAAAAAAAGGAAAAAAAUACUGCUUCAAUGCUUUUAAAACAGCAAGAUAAUAGUUCUUUGAUACUUGAGAGGCGCUUUGAUUACCCUCAUUGAAGUCUAUGACACGUUCCUAUGGUUUUCUGUAUUAUAUGUCUGGAUGGAGCUGUUAAAACGAACAGCUUGGUGGAUAUUUGGGGAAAGCAACAAAGAUAUUAAAAGUCAUUAACCAUGAAGUGUGAGAACGAGGGGAACCAGGGGACUUUGAAGGCAAAGUAAUUGUUGUGAAAAGUCUGUAAAUGCUUCUAACUCUUCCCCCUCUUAAAAUAAUAGUUGUACAGAAUUUUAAAAGGAAAAGUUUAAAAUACCUAUAUCAUAGAAGAAAAAAAUUAGAGGAAAGCAAAAAAAUAAAAAAUAAAAAAAGGAAAAAAAAAUAACCUUAUAGACGUUAGCGUUAUGCUAAAAUCCCAGAUGUUGUAGGACUGUACUUCCGUAGAGUUUAGACUGAGCAUCGAUCCCGUCUCCCCGCGAGUGCUGUCGGACGCAGCCCCGAGGGCCAGGCCGGACUGUCCAGACCUGCAGGCCCGGCCGGAAGCGCCCCGAAGCGCCCCGGAAGCGCCCUGCCGCCUCUGCUUCGCCCGGAGCCGCGCGUGCGCAGCUCUCGCCCUCCUCACCUCCGCUUCACUCGCCUUCCAUGCUUGUUCCAGAGACUUUCCGGGCCAGGGAGAACUGGGAACUUUCAUCUUCAACAACUAGAAACACACACACACACAAAACCUUAACAAGAGAGAGAAAAACAAACAAUCUUUGAAGAAUUUCUGAAACUGUUUACAAGGAAUUUUGAAAAACAGGGAUGUUUAAAUGAUGCCGGCUCUGUUUUUCUGUAAAUAAAUUUGCAUAUUUUGUAGGACUUUUAAUUGUAAUGAUAGAGAAAAAACAAGGAAAACUAUUUAAUGAAAGCACGAUAUUUAUCUUUGGUAAAUGACUUUAGAGCAGUUAAAGACAUUGCUUAAAAAACUCAGAAUCAGAAAAAACACUGAAUUAUUUAAGAACACAUAUAUUUUAAAGUAUAACAUAUUUAUUAUAAUUUAUUUGCACCUUGGGAAGACUUGCUUUGGCGUUCUGCCCCGAUAAUGUCUCACUGAUGUCCAUCUGGAGGCCAGAGGGGUUCUUGGAACUACCAUUUUUUUUCUUUUAGAAGAACAAAUUUCUGGUUCCUCUCAGGCCUCCUGCCUUUCCUUUCUAUUUUGCUGUUUUUAUUUGUUUCACGUUUUCUUUUUCUUUCUCUUGACCCCUCCUUUUAGGAUGUCCAGAUGUUGUAAAAAAAAAAAAAAAAAAACAGCUGCAGUU